AUGUUUUCUAAUACCCCUUCUCGCUUUAUCAGGCCUGUUGAUAAAUCCAAAUCUCAGCUUGCAAACACCACAUUGCACAAGAAUAUCAAGAAUAUCGAAAGCAUGAUUCAGGACUCUAGAGACUACAUUAAGUCUUGCAAGCAACAGAAAGCUGAAUUACGCCAUGAAUUAGCCAUUUUGGAACAGAAAUUGAAGAUAAAUGUCAAAGAGAAGGUCGAUAUCUCUAGGAAUGACCAGGAACGACUCAUUCAGAGUCUGAGAGAACAGUGAGAGGUUGAAUAUCAUGAAAAUAUUCACUUAAAGGCCCAAAUUUCUGAAAUGAUGAAAGAGAACAAUGAUCUUGAAAAGGUCAUUGUAGACUAUGAAAGUCAGAUAUACAAACUUGAGUUGCUGAUUGGACUGAAAUAGACUUACCAAAACUUUAUGUUCAACUGAUUCAAUAAAAUA